AUGAGCCGUUCAGAUGGGUUUAUUGAAGAUAGAGAUUCAAAAAACGAUGCCAGUAUUCAGAUUCUCGGCGGAUCUUCAAAUGUGGAAGUUAUUGCACUAUCAGAAUCAGUGGAUCAAGAUGAGUGCAAAAGGCCAACACAUGAUUGUCAAGCGAAUAUGAUGCCAUCCUCCCCGCAGAGAAAACCUUGUGGGUUGAGUGAUAUUGAAAUUAUUGAACCAAACAAAUCUCUUGAACUUUGUGCACCGUUCUACCAUGAUAUUAGUACGAGCAAACUGGAUGACUAUUUGGUAACAGCAAACUGUAUCGUAGACUCGUCAUUAAGUAACGAGAACAAUGCAAAAGGAAACGCAAAAACACUUUUGGAAGAUCUAAUAAAUGACGAGUGGUCAGCUGAUGUCGAAUCGAGUGGAAAGAAACAGAACGAACAGAAAUUUAAUCUAAGAAACAUCGCAGAAAAGUGGGGAGUACAGUCUCCAAAAAAAUCAGAGGCAAAUGCUAUUAAUCAUGGAUAUGAAAAAGAAAUGAUCAUGGAAACUAAGUAUGGUACUGCCGAUAGCCAAAAAUCUCAGGUGGGGGCAGCAGAUAUACUAUUCGAUUUUCCACUAUCUCCAGUAAAAAAUGAGGAUUCUGUAAAAGAAAAACAUGGCUCAAUUACUAAUCACGAUUUUUCACCAGGGCGUAGUGUAGAAGCACCAGCAAACCAAAAACAUGAUGAAGUUCUGGAAGUCGUGAAAAAAAGGUCACACGAGCAGAUUGAAGACGAUUCAAGACAUCUUCCAAAAGGAAAGAAAAGAACUAUAGCGCUAUCAAGAACAUUGAUCAAAAGUACUAAAUCGCCUGAUACAGUAGAACUGAAUCUUUCCAAAUUUCUCGACGACUCAGAUAGUAUUACUAUGGAUAUCCUUUCUACCCCAUCAAAGAAAGCUAACAUUGUUAGAACAGGUAGUCAGCCAAUCUUAGGUACCUCUAACCCCCCUCAAGCCAUAAGACGAUUGAACACUUUAGCAAAUGAAGAUGUCCAGAGAACUAGAAGUACUGCUAGGGAAAUAUCACAGCUGGAAAGUUAUAUCACUUAUGGGCAAUAUUAUUCCAGAGAAGAAUCAAGAAGCAAAAUACGACAUCUAUUAAAAGAGAAAAAGGGUGCUUUUAGGCAAGUUAAUCAGAUAUAUCGCGAUAAUGAGAAAGCGCGCUCUCAAAUCAUUUUGGAGUUUUCACCAAGCAUUCUUCAGUUAUUCCAAAAGGUCGAGGGUAACCUACAGCAACAAGUGGCACCAGCCGUUAUUCAACAGAGUUAUGACGAUUCUAUACCUCUUUUAAGGUUUCUUCGGAAAUGCGAUAGUAUUUAUGACUUCAAUAACGAUUUUUAUUACCCUUGUGAUCCAAAAAUUGUCGAAGAGAACAUUUCAAUUCUAUAUUAUGAUGCGCAGGAAUUUUUCGAGCAAUAUACAUCGCAAAAGAAGAAAUUGUAUAAGAAAAUACGCUGUUUUUCAAAAAAUGGAAAACAUGUGAUACUUGUACUAAGCGAUUUGAAUAAGCUCAAAAGAGCCAUUUUUCAAUUCGAAAAUGAAAAGUACAAAGCCAGGGUAGAACAGCGAUUGUCGGGAAACGAAGAAGCACCGAGACCUAGAAGUAAAAAAUCAAGCCAGGUUGGAGAAUUGGGGAUUAAGAAAUUUGAUUUAGAACAACGGCUACGCUUCAUUGAUAGAGAAUGGAAUGUCAAAAUACAUACUGUGAAUUCCCAUAUGGAGUUUAUUAAUUCUCUGCCAAAUCUAGUUUCGUUAAUUGGAAAGCAGCGUAUGGAUCCCGCCAUUAGAUAUAUGAAAUACGCCCAUUUGAAUGUCAAAUCAGCCAACGAUAGAACAGAAAUAUUAAAAAAAACGUUUCACCAAAUUGGGAGAAUGCCUGAGUUAAAAGCCAAUAACGCCGUCAGUUUAUAUCCCAGUUUCCAAUUGCUAUAUGAAGAUAUACAAAAAGGAAGAUUACAGUCAGACAACGAGGGUAAGUAUUUAAUGACUGAAGCAAUAGAAAGAAGACUGUACAAACUGUUUACUAGCACUGAUCCUAAUGAUGCAAUUGAAUGA